AUGCCAUUGUACGAAACAGGAACUCUGACCGAGGCACUGCCGACCAUGAAUCAGGAAAAGAGUGAUGAAUACCUUGUGCAGCUGUGUGCAGGACUUAAAUUUCUCCAUAGACAUAAAAUCGCUCACAGAGACGUGAAAACGGACAACGUUUUGAUCACAGCAAAAGAAAAGAGAGUGGUCAUUGCUGAUUUCGGUUUGUCUGAAAUCUUGACCACUAUUGAUACGCCAGUGAGCACAAUAAAAGGAACCCAUAUGUACAUUUCCCCAGAACAGUUUAUCCAGAAAGAAUUUAACGCUUUUAAAUGUGAUAUGUACGCACUAGGAGUAGUCUACUGGUGUAUGGUUUUCAAAGUGGAUGUCUUUGAUUUAAAGAGUACCGAACAAAUGAAGGAAUCAAUCAAUACUUUGUGUGAUACUAGUAUAGACUGGCUGGUUUUGACCAAUCUUUUGGACCCUAGCCCUGUCGACAGGUUAACCUGUUACAAUCUCCUAUGCGUACUGGAGCAGCCUGAAUAUCGUUUUACAGACAGAAUAGCCAGUCUUAGAGGUAAUGGAAAAAUAUUCUAUCAGUCUGUCAUCAAUGUUUAG